AUGAUAUUUUUGCUGCUAUUCUCGGUGUUACCCACCUCUAUAAGACCCAUCCCAUUCCUGCACGCGGAUCCAGUGUUUUUCGGGUUAAAAGAUCCCGUUCAUCCACCUCUUACAUCUCCUCCCCGUUGUGGGGUCUUUGACGAGGCUCUUUCCCUUUACUGUGUCACUCCACUUGUCCGUUUCGCUAUUCCUGGAUCGAAUGCUCUUUUACCGCCACUUUCCCGAUCCGCUGAGCUGUGCACUGAGUACGCGCGCUUUAACGAGUGCACAAAUGGAGUCGACGAGGGGUGCAGAAAGCUCGUCGCUCCAAACGUUCAGCAAAUGUAUGCAACAAUUUGCGAGGAGAAAUACGCGACACUGUUGAAAGAGGAGAAAGACUGCCUCCAAGAGCUUGAAGAGGACAAAGCGCUUGUCGAGUGUUUUGCCGAGAAAAAUGGGAAUGACAAGGAGAAGGAAACAGCAGAAAAAUAUUCGCUUUUCUCUUCAAAUUCUCCUACCGAGUGUUCUCUUUUUCAAUCAUUCGCUGAAUGUCUUAUGGAAAGACCCGGGAAUACAUGCAGAGAGGCGGUCAAGUUAUCCCUCUCAUUAGUCUCCUCAUUGGGUACUCGUGAUUCCUCCUCUCCUUGUCAAUUCGUUCUCCCAUCAGCAAAGCCAGAGCCCUCAACUCCAGCACCAAUGGAAGUAUGCGACGAAAAAAAUAUGAAUUGUUCAUGUCGCGAGAGUGGUUGGGUUUACGAUAAGAAUGAGAAGCGUUGUAAAGACGUGGACGAGUGUGUCGACGAUUCGGCUGGGUGUUCACAGUUUUGCACGAAUAUCCCCGGCUCAUUUCUCUGUUCGUGCAACUCUCCAUGGUACUCACUUGGAGCCGACAAUCGAACAUGUUUGAGGGAUGAUACUGACCCACUUUGGCUCUUUUUCGCGCAUGGGCAAUCGAUUUGGAAUAUUUCGGCAGACGGGCGAUCAUUUCAACUCCAACGCGCCGCUCUUCACAAAACGGCGAUGAUCGAUGUUGAUGUUAAGGAACGUCGAAUCUAUUAUGCGGACAUUGGAGCGAAUUCUGUCGAACGAAUGAACAUUGACGGCACUUUUUCGCAAUCCGUUCAAAAAUAUGAGGUCGAAGGAAUGGAGGGAAUCGCCGUCGAUUGGGUUGGGCGAAAUUUGUAUUCAGUGCGGAGAAAGGAUAUCCUCGUGCAAGCAUUGGAUGGCCGAUUUCGACGAAAGUUAUACCAGGGUGUUCUGCAACAACCAAGAGCCAUUGCACUGCAUCCGGCUAGGGGCCUCCUUUUCGUCAGCGAUUGGUCCUCAUCAGCUUUCAUCGCCGCUGCCACAAUGGACGGCACUUUCUUCAAAAAGAUCAUCACCGAGCGGAUCACUUGGCCGAACGCUUUAGUCAUCGACAUUCACGCGGAUCGAAUCUAUUGGGCUGAUGCUUUUCUGGAUACGAUUGAAGUGGCGAAUCUCGAUGGAUCGGGUCGUCGAACGGUUGUCUCCGAUUCGGGCUCAGUUCCGCAUGUCUUCGGGAUGGCGUUAGCUGAUGAUUAUCUUUAUUGGACUGAUUGGACAUAUCGGGGUCUUCUCCGGGCGCACAAGUUGAGCGGCGAGAACAUGACAGUCUUGGCACAAACAGCUUUAUUGCCGUAUUCGAUCAAGGUCUUCCAUCCUGUGCUUCAACCAAACGUGCCAAACGAGUGCCCAUCAAAAACGUGCUCUCAGCUCUGUUUAAUCAGCCCUCCACUAAACCACACAUCGACGGGAACUCUUCUAGACCGUGUACUGCCACCAUUUGCUGCAGUAAGCUCACAGUGUGCUUGUGGAGAUGGUUUCCGUUUGCAUGCUGACGGGAAAACGUGUGAGUCCGAAUGCCCGGAUGGGCAUUUCGUUUGUGGAGGCGUUGAUGCAAAAUGUAUCACUCGACUUUACGUUUGCGAUGGAGUGAAUCACUGUUCAAAUGGAGCUGAUGAAGCAAAUUGUCCUCCCCGAAUUUGUCUGCCCGGUCAAUUCCAAUGUCAUGACAAUAAGCGCUGCGUUGGCGCCCAUGCACUAUGCGAUGGAAGAGCCGAUUGUGAAGAUGAUUCGGAUGAGACUUUUUGUCCAUCAUAUCAGGACAAGAAACCCGGUCGACAACGGGAUCACGAGCCGGCAACGACGACGAAAAGCUCGACCACAAAACUCCCAACAAUCCCGAGUCUUUUGCCUCUAAAAUUUUUGCGUUAU